AUGGCGGUUGAAGAAGAUGUUUUGUACGUACUUGACCUGCUGGUCGACUGUGGGCUUUUAUUCGUCCUCGCCCUACUCGGCAUCUUUGGGAACAUCAGCAACAUCCUGGUCCUACGCCUGCAAGGGUUCACCGACACCACCAACAUGAUAUUGAUCUCCCUAUCGUUCACUGAUCUGCUCGUGUCAGUCCUAUACACCCUCACCCAACUCCACACCUUGAUUUCACAGUUCAAUAUUGUUUUAUCGAUCACCAUUCCUAGUCUGUUGGGUGUUUGUUUACUUCCGCUGACCUUCACCUUGAUCGCCAUCAGUAUCUGCCACACGACCUUCAUAGCCGUAGAACGCGCGGUCGCCGUCUGCUUCCCGUUCCACGUGACCAGGAUCUUCACCAGAUCAGCCACCAAAAACAUCCUCAUCGCCAUCUACGCAUUGACCUUCGGCUUAACCUCGCCUCAUUACUUUAUCGCUGGUUUCCAGUGGAGUUUUAACGAAUUUCUCAACGCGACGAUAGCAACGAUCGUAGAAGAACCGUUCCCCAUGGAUCACGUUAUAUUCAACACUUACAGUCUGGUGUUUGUAAAUAUCCUCUACUCUGUUGUUACUUUAAUCAUCAUCGUCGUAUGUUCUUUCCUGAUUAUUAUACAACUAAUAAAAAUGGGACAUAAGAAUGUGGCUAAACAAGCUCGCUAUAAAAAAAACGAAUUGAAAGUGUUUAAAACUCUUCUAGUCGUGUGUGUAGUGGCUGCCAUCAUCUGGAUCCCCACUUGUCUGAUGGACUUCAUCACACAGUACGCGACUCAGGUCUCCUUUACAACGGCGUAUUUAUGUCAAGAUGUUAAGACAGUUUUGUACAUGCUCAGCAGUAGCGUCAACUUUAUCAUCUACAUCACCACAAGCUCCAAGUUUUAUAAAACUUAUAAGAGGAUCUUCUGUCGAGGGGAAUACAGAAGUUUAAUGCGUUAG